AUCAGAAAAAUCUUUUCUGUCCUAAAAGUAAUUAAAAUAAGAUGUGCUCUGCAAUCACAUCUUCUCAUUUCUUCCCUCUUUCCCUGAAUUGACAGACAGCUUUUCUCAGAAGUCUGUGAAGCUCUGAGUAAUGUAACUUUGCUCAAGUUUAGUUAUUGUUUUUAAAUUGUACUUUGGUCCCUGUUGGGGACCGAGGGAGAGGUGGACAAAGUUCACAGGGCGCUUGUAAGGAGGAGGGGGUGAAAAGGAGGAAGGUAAAAAAAAAGGAAAAUUGACCUUUGAAAGGAAAACAGCAGGUGGAGAGCAAAAACCAGGCAGCUGAGGACGCAGCGGAGGAAAUUCAGCAGAGAAAAAUGAAAGCAUUCUUUUUUUUCAUUUGAAGAAGGGCUGCACAUAUGAAAAACAAGGCCCAAUGCAGGCCGUCUGGCUGCUAUUUGAGUACGGCAGAGACAGCACAUUUGAGCAGUGUUUGUUUGUGAGGCAGCAGCGCGAUAAGGCACAAGACCAAUGGAGGGAGAGGAGAGGUCGAGUGCAACCAAGGCGAGGCCAAGUCGUUUGACCGCCCUUCAGGAACAGCUCAUCUGGGCCCUGCUGGAAUCUGGACUGUCCCGGGACGUCUUGGUCCAAGCUGUGGGGGAGCUGGAGCGCAGCCGGGCCAGUGCUGGGGUGGAAAGGGGAGAGAAGGGGGAUGGAGAGAGCUCAGAGGAGGGAGAAAUGGAUUUCCCUCCGCCUAUAUUCCGGGAGUUGGAGAAGCUCUCUCCCGAUGAGGCGUCCAAGUUGAAGGCCGAGGUCGACCGGUUACUGCAGGAAGACUCCUGGCAGGUUGCAAAAAUGGUGAAAAGCUACAUGCAGCAGCACAACCUACCUCAGAGAGAGGUGGUAGAGUCAACAGGCCUCAAUCAGUCCCACCUCUCCCAGCACCUCAACAAAGGCACACCCAUGAAGAACCAAAAGAGAGCUGCUCUGUACAGCUGGUACGUCAAGAAGCAGUGCGAGAUCAGCCAGCAAUUUACCAAUGCCAAACAUGGCCUUGCACCAGUGGAGGAACAAGGAGAAGACACUAAAAAAGGACGCAGGAACAGGUUCAAGUGGGGUCCAGCCUCCCUGCAGAUCCUCUUCCAUGCCUACGAACGUCAGAAGAACCCUAGCAAGGAGGAAAGGGAGGGCUUGGUGGAGGAAUGCAACAGAGCUGAGUGUAUCCAGAGAGGGGUGUCUCCCUCCCAGCUCGCUGGUCUAGGAUCAAACCUAGUUACUGAAGUCCGAGUGUACAACUGGUUUGCCAACCGACGUAAAGAGGAGGCCUUUCGCCAUAAGCUGGCCCUCGACUCAUCCUUCAACAACCAGUCAGCUUCGUCCUCUAAUGCCACCCUUCCACCAAGUCCUGAGCAUGGUGUGAAAUACAGCCAGCAGAUCUGUGACACAGGGAACACUGCAAGAAGCAGCAUAGGUGAGCGUGUGGCGCAUCUUGUGGUCAGUCCCGUGCAGCUCGAACCCAGCCAUACACUCCUGGAGUCUCAUAACCCCAAGCUGGUUUCUAGCAGUGGACCACUGCCCCCAGUAAGCACUCUGACAUCCCUGCACAGUUUUUCAGCCUCCGCGGCUUCCUCACAGAGCCUCAUAAUGGCGUCAGUGCCCAGCGUCAUGAGUCUGGGCGAGUCCUCACUUCUAAUAGGUUUGACCCCUACGCAGUCACAAACUGUCCCCGUCAUUAACAACAUGGGGGCUGGUUUCACCACUCUCCAGCCAAUUUCAUUCCAACAGCAGCUUCACACACCCCACCAACAGGCAAUACCACAGCAGCUUCAGGGUCACAUGGCUACCAGUCCAUUCAUGGCAACCAUGGCACAGCUGCCAUGUCACAUGUAUAACAAGUCAGAGUCGCCUCCGUACCAUUCGUCUGGUCUUCUGUCUCAAGCCAUGGUUAUCACUGACAGCAGCAGUCUGGGGACCCUGACCAGCCUCGCUGCAGUCCGACAGAUCCUCACAGCAGAUCCUGAGGAAGAGACGGACUCACCUUUACAGGACGAUUCUUUACAUCUCCAGCCACACACGCCUGUGCCAGCUUCUUCUGAGAGCCUGGAGCUGUAUUCUUCCUCCCAGACGACAGAACAUCAUCAGUCUCACCUCCUCUCAUCUUCACCUACAGACAUCAGCUCCUACAUGCCUACACAAAUGGUGUCCACAGCCCAGUAACACCUCUGUGGCUAUGUAGUAUCUCCUGUCUGUCAGCUGAACUCAGGAAGUGUGGGGAGUGUUUGGGAUAGACAGCUAUUACUGGUAGGAGAACCUGGAGACCAGACCCAGCGGCACCUGAGGAAAAAAAGUCACUCAGUGCAGCAUUUAAUAAUACCAAGAACUGAUAUGAGAGAAAAUUAACCACUGAAACUGCAGAAAUAUAACUCAAGAUCAACAGCAAAAUGUAUUUUUUAUUAAAAUAUUUUGUUAUUCUCAGAAAUUGUAACCUUAAUGAAACUCUGCAACUGAAUGUUACCUGCAUUGAUUUUAAUUUGCUUUCCCUCAAUGCUUUUUUCACUUGUCAUUAGAAUUUUUUAAACAUUACCAUGAAGAAUGGAUGUAAAGUUAUUUUCUUACCAAACUGGGUGCCUGUGUUAUCUGAAAACUACUGAGAAGAACUCUACACCAUUUGAUCACUUCAACACAAGGCACACACAGCCCAAAUGAGUAAACAUUGUAUUAAAAAAAACUCAGUUCAAAACUU